AUGGCGACGCACACUCAUUGGCGUCUGAACUCCGACGUCAAACGGGACUUGGUCGACAUACCUGCAUGGGAUACUCUGCGGGCAUACUUUCCAAGUCUCGACGCUGUACUUAAAUCCGUUGGCUCGCAGGUAGAGGCUAUGGAUGAUCAGUCAAUAACCGUUCGUGAUCCGUCAAAUUGGUCAAUGGUUAUGAGUUCUCACGACAGCCCAUUAUCUGUGUCGUUCACAGAACAGAGCUAUGAUUCAUGCGGCUGUGUUCCAUUGGGAAUCGAUGUGGCGCCUGCUGUCUCCGCUGAAAUUUUGCAAUCCCAGCUACAUCUCAAGUCCCUGGGCCUCCUGGAUUUAGUUUCCAGUUCCAAAGUUCAGGGCGUCGGUAUGCUUUUUCGGCAAUUCUGUGAUCAUUGGGCUGUCAACAGUGGACUUAUGAAAUCUAUUCAAGAGCUAUCUGAGCUUGCAGUCGAUGGUUCGCUGCGCAUAAAUCUCGGGAUGGACUCUGGGUUCCGCAAGGACACUUAUUCUCGUUUUUGGGCUGUCUACCAAAUUGAUUCGACAGGAAUCGAAAUUUUCAUCUCGAAAGAUGCUCCGGAUUUUGAAGGCACUGUGCUACAUACAUUUCUAUCUGCGAAAGGCUACUCUCGCCAAAUUUGCUUUGAAGCCGAAACUGCGCUCGGAAACUGGUUGGACAACCUCGUUGGCAAUACAGGCCUUCCACGGCGAAUUGUGCAGGAUAUUGACGCUCUUAGCCCAGAGGAACGACUUCUUCUACUCCAACACCUCACGGUAACGUAUUCAACAGACAGAAUAUCUGAAGCCGUCUGUUCAUACACUCGGAGACAACUUGUCGACGCCCCAUCUUUUGCCCAGCUGAAGGAGCUCAACGCAAUUGGCUUUCUUGAUGGCUCUAUUUCUCCUGAAAUUUUGGUACGCACGCGGGUAAACUGGUACAAAGAGCAGCAUUGCCAGUAUCCCUCAACUUCGACAUGCCUUGCUUUAUUUAAUGAAGUCGAUGUCACCUUCGCUCGAAUAUUGGCUGAACGGCGGGAACAGGACCUCGCUCAUAUCACCAGCUCCUUGUGUGAUAUGAUCAAAGAGCAUCACAUUGAUGCGUACGUUGACAUUACAGCGCUUUCAUUGUUUUGUGCUGCAAGGAAAUGUGCAUUUGAUGAAAUCUAUACGGAGGUAACAGAUCGGAACCCUCUUUUCGGAAUUCAAAACGAUCAGGCCGCCGCCUUUGCUGAGGCAUUUGCCCUUGGGUCGCGUUGCAAAGCCUACUUCGAUAUCACUCCCAGUGCUUUCGGAAAGUUGUUAUCAGACCGUUUUAGGUGCCAAUAUUCUAAACGUGAGCUUCCCGACUGGGUCAAUGGCGCUCCGCAGGUAGCUACUGCGUACGCUGGGGCCCAGACAGAUGUGGAUCACGUUGACUGGGUCAGACCAAUGUCCCCGUAUCAGCGCUUUACGUUUCUCAGUGCAUUUGCCGUUCCCGCCUUGAUUGACAUCCUGCUACUCACCAUCAUCGGUCGAGGAUUGUAUCUCUCCACGUUCAUGACGUACGAUCAGCAACAGAGUGCAACACUUGCAGUGAUGAUAUCACUUUUGCUAUCAGGUGCAAUUGGAGCAUGGAUUGCGUGCGGCGGUCCGUACUAUCUCGUCUCUAUGGCCUUUGCUGCGGCGAAUAUGUUCAUACUGACCCGACUUAUUGCUGGUGUUUCCUUCACAAUUGCAACUGGCCUCAUCGCAUUUAUUGCCAUAUCUGCUGGGAGAGGCGCCGCUGCUGGGAUAAUUUUUUACCUCUACCUAGUUGCACUGACAACUUAUUUCUCGGUUUUUGCUUCCCUUGCCAGCUUCAGUUAUCCCAAGUCGUCAUUUUUAUCUGGGCGCAAGAUUAUCUUCUACUGUGUUCCAAUACUUUUCAUCAGUCCGAUUGUCACUACAUUUACGGGCCAUGAUGUCGCUAUUUAUCUGACUGUUCUCUAUGCCUUUCUUGGCUGCCUGCUACUCGGCCUUCGGACAGUCGCUUCAAAAUGGGUUACCUGGUACCAGAGGAUUCGCAGAACCGACGACACUGAGAUCCGAAAGUGGUAUAUUUCGACCUACAAAAACAACGACGAGAAAUCACUUGAUAAUCUAAGUGAUCCGGCUGUUCUUAAGCUAGCAAGAGAAAAGUUGCUUGAGGAUGUCUUUGCCGAAAGAAAACGGAGAUCAUCGUCUGAAGCCAAAACCAGUGGCCUCGUCUUCGAACUUGCGAGAGAUUGGGAAUCGACCAAUUUCCUGCUCGACUGGUAUUGCAGAUAUGCCGAUGUUCCGCGGCCUGUUCCUUUCAGUUCAUCCUGGAAUAUUCAGACCAACGUUGCACUGGAUACACUGCGCAGCUCCCAGAAAGGUCUCCGUCUGCAUAAUGCCUUCAUCCAUUGGCGUCAAUCAGGUAAGGAGAUUGGAUGUGGAGUCCUAUACUUCGUGAUAGCGCUACUUGAUAAAUGGGUGGAGCUUCUUACUGGAGGUCACCUUGUCGGACUCUCGGCUUCGCUGAGGAAUACAUCACGCAUGGCGAUCGGAUUUGGUCUGGCUUAUUAUCUGGUUGGCGCUGUUCUGAUCGACAUCAAAGCCCAGGACCUGGAGGAUCUUCUUGCAAAGCAGACGCCCCUGGAAGUCAGGACCGCUCAAGACGCACGCAUUUCUCAAAAGCGCUAUAUCAGGUUCAAGAGAGCGGUGUACUGGAGAACGCUAUUCAAAUUUCUCAUGUGGCAUACCUGGAGUCUCGCUAUUUCGACAGCCCUUGUCUGGACUUUUCAGGAUUCUCUGGAGGCAACGAUUAUGUUUCUGAUGUAUGUGCUCGCGUAUACCGGCCUGCUCUGGUAUCAGUACACCAAGAUAUUUUCUGGUCCUCAUGCUCUAAAGCCGCUUCUAGUCGGUGUUAUCGUGGGCUUGCCCAUCGGUAUUGCAUUGAAGCAAUGUCUGCCUUCAUUCCAAUAUCCUCAGGUAACCGGACUUGCAGCCGCGACUUGGACCGUUGCGCUUCUUUCGCUAUUCACGGCAAAGUUAGGGAUGCCCAGGAAAAUAGACUCACUCGAAAAACCCGGCGUGACCUUUCAUGCGUACACUACACCUUGGGAUGAUCCUGAAUGGUCGCAAGAGGAGCUACAUGCCCUUUGGCAAAAGUCAUUGCAGAUCUCGCCCUACUCUCGCCUGAAGCUAGCGCCCAAAGCCCAUCCUGGAUUUGAGGUGAAGGAUAUCAUGACCUCCCGCAUAGAAAAGCCAAAGAUAGAGGAAGCAUUCCCAAACGCCGACGAACUCGUGAGAGUGGCCAUCGAUGGAUGGGAGGAAGGCAUGAUCAGUAUUGAACUAGUCCCUUCAGGAUCACUUGGACCUGGUAUCCGAGCUCUCAGUUGCCAUACCGCAAACCAGCUGGAGCUUGUUAUUAGCGUUGGGCGAGCACUGAAGAAGCAUGUUGAUGUCCAUGCAAACUGUCAAAUAAUUGCUGAGACCCUGCUACAUGCAGUUUCAGAAGCAUUCAUGGGAAUGUCACAUGAGCAUGCAGUUCUCACCGGAUCGCUCGUUACGGAUGGAAUGACAGAAACAACGAGGCAGCAACUUCAUGAGGAAUCCAAUACAGCAACUAUCAUGCGCUGGGCUAGGAAGGAGUUACUGCGGCAACUGUGUCUGGGGCUUGACUGUGAUACUCAGUGGGAGCAGUUACCCAAACAGAUCCGAAUCAUGUUGUUAGACCGUUGUCUGGGCCGGCCAGGUCGUUUGUCAAUUGACCAGGCAGACUGGCUUCAGGAGACACUGUGCGUUUCCGACGCCAAAACUCUUGAUGUGCAUGUCGCUCGCUGCAACCUUGGUGUAGCCACUGUCGCCAGGAUACUAAGUUAUCCACACCAUGGAACUGGCGGAACCUUGAUCAGGGAACCAGAGCUCGCCGCAUACAUUCCGCGUCCUCCACUCACAUGUGCUAGAAUUGCUCGUCUGCUGAAAACCCCAUUCAGCUUUUUCUAUCACGCUCUCGGCUCCCUCAGUAAAUUUGUUGUUGUCGCCCUUGUCGCCGAUGCGGAGUUCCAGCGUGAAUUGGACCAUGUCAUGAAGCACCACACAGCAAUUUACCGCGUUCCUGCCAAGCUUAUAUUGAACUUGAUUUGGUGCUACUCCAAGAUUGUGCAAGACACCUUCAUGGUCUUCUUUUUGUUCCAUGGUCGUGACAAUGUCAAGCGCCUUUGGGAUGAGACGAAGGGAUUAACAAUCGGAAUCAAAAAAACCAGUGCCUCCGUCCAAGGCCUUGACGGAACAUUCACUGCUUUCUGGCAUGCCGGGGAAGAUGAACGCUUCAAAGUCUACUACUAUGCGGGAGAGCAUAAGACAGAACCGGACGACUCAACGCUCCUGAGAUACGUUUGUACAUACUCCAGCGACCUCCUUCUCCAUAUCAGACAGGAGCUGAGCUAUGGUCAAUUGGUCAAUGAAUACCACUACGACUAUUACACACCAACAAGAACCUCAAGAUUAAAGAAGAACUUUACAGCGAGAAUUCCAUUGUCCCGACGCUGCGUGCAAGGAGAACAUGCGUCACAACGUGUCCAAUACAACCGCAACGGCCUCAUUAGCUCUGGAUCCUACAUGAGGAAUGGCAGUCUUGUGCGCUUUCAAUACCGUUACCGCAAGAAUCCGCAUUUCGGAGACGAACUACUUCGUGCCGAAUAUUCUUUCCCUCAUUCCAAUUGCUCAAUUUCCUGGUGUGCACCGCCACUUCGCCGUUCAGAAAAGGUCGAUCGAUGGAUUCCUCAUGCCAAAGUCACACGGGCAACCAUUGUCCAAGGCUCCGAUGUCUACGAGAGUCGCUGGCUAUACGAUCAUAAAUUCAAUCCGGCUAUUUUCACGACGCUCAAUGGAGAGAACGUCAAGACGCCAGCUUUCAUUGAAUAUGACCAUUUGGGGAUACUCACCAAGCCAACACACACCAGCUUUGUACGCGACAACCCACUCCUCUAUUGUGAUAGUCUGACUACCAAUAUUGUCCAACGGUUCCUGGGCCUCACCACGAGGCGUUUUCCUGUCUCGACAUCGCGCGCUCGUUCUCUGAUGUGGAAGGCAUGGAAAGAUCAUGUUGAUUUUGACGGCGUGACUGUCCGCUGGAUGGACGAUCGAUUGCUACGUCGCGAUAGAACUCUCGCUCCAUACUGGCGCCGUCGCGAUCAUGGCGAGCUUGCCUCAGCUGAGACAUAUCUGAAGCAGCACGCUGAUACCAUCAUGGCCAGCGCAGAUCUCAACGACAAUGUAUCCAGCUGGACCUCACUCGCAGUGAAAAUCAGCGACUUAUUCAACUUUGGUCCUGGAGGCGACGCCGUGAUCAAUACCAGGACCAAGGACUUUGGAUCGGAUACGGAAAACACACUUCAUGUGAUGGCUGCUGAUACUGGGACUUGGCCUAAUGAAGGUGGUGGUGUUUCUGCGUGCCGCCGUGAUAUGGUCAAUCAUUUACGAACGGUCAAGUGGCAUAUGAUCUGCGAGUCGGCGAAUGACUUUGGCAUUCCCAAGCAUCAGACCGAGCAUAAUAUCCAGUCGUUGAAGAUUAUUCCUUUAUGGGGACUGGACUUUCUCACGCCAACACAUGGUCUUCUCAGAAACAAGUUGGAUUCCGAGGUUGACGAUGUGACAUCUGCCAAUGAGCUCGACAUCAAGCAGAAUUUCGUCCCGAUUCUUGCAACGCUAGUGAAAAGCUCUCGUACAAUCAAUCUUACGAGGGCUGAUAUUCGGCAAUCUACUCGGGCAUUAGUGAAUCUAAAUACAUAUUUCCAGGGCUCUAGGCAUUGGACACAAGUGUGGAACAGCGACAUCGUCAAGAAAAGCUGGAACGAGCUAUGGCUUUCCCAAACAAUGCCCAACACCGUCCCAUCCUCCUCGUGGUUCCAAACCGAGCUACCGACACUAGCGUCCCUCGACGUCGCGCUAGGACUCUGGUACAGAUACCUCUUCAUCUUCUCAAUCCCCGUCCCUGAAAAGGUCCCCGAUGUCUUCCAAGCCUCCCACCACAGCGUAAGCGCAUCAUACGGCGUCAUCUGCAAAAUGAAGCGCAGUUGCACCCUCCAAAUCUGGGACCACGCCAUCAGCUGGCGCGAAGUCAACAUCAGCCUCUCCUCUGCCCUCUCCAAAUUGCCCCCCUUCGUCCGGAACGCCCUCCUAGGCCUCAUGCGUAUAACCUCCGUCCUCACCCUGCACCACGCGGACAUCAUAACUCCCUGCACGGACUUCUUCAAUCCAGACUGGGAAGUUGAAAUCGGUACCGCUCAGGGCACAAUCCAACACCGCAAUAUCUUCCGCAGAAAGGUAGACCCCGUCAUCAACGGCAUUAUCAACAUGCAGAAGUUCGCGCCCGUCAAGGAAAUCAAGGCCCAGCAUCCAACAGUCACCAUGCUCUCGCACGUCUGGUACGCAAAGGAUAUCAAAACCGCCCUGCUAGCCGCAGAUAUCAUCAUCAACCACUGGCACUUCACCGACUACAACCUCGACAUCUACGGCGCAAUCGACAGAUCCCCGAUGUACACGACCGAAUGUCAAGAGAUCAUCGCGUCAAAGGGCCUCCGCGGGAAAGUCACUCUCCGCGGCACCGCAGACCCAUUGGACGUACUAGAAAGAACAUGGCUCUUCCUCAACUCCUCCCUAUCAGAAGGUCUCCCACUAGCACUGGGCGAGGCCGCGUUAACAGGUGCACCUGUUGUAUGCACAGAUGUCGGCGCCUCGCUGCGCGUCCUUAGUGACCCCGAUGAUUCCUCUCGCUACAGCGCCGUGGUAGCACCCAAUGACGCCCUCGCGCUCGCACGAGCGCAAAUUUCCAUGCUCGCGAUGCUUGGUGAAUGGAGCCAGUAUGCCGAUGAUCCCGACGACACAUCAGCACCCGUUCUCACUUCUUCACCUUCACGCGAGGACGUCGAAGCGAUUACACGGCGAAUGUACGAAAAGACUCCCCAACGGAGAAAAUUGGGUAUGAUGACGAGGGCUAUUGUGCAGAAGUCAUUUAGUGGUGAGCGGUGUUUAAGAGAGCACGAGCAGAUGCUUUGGAUUGGGAAGGCGAUGAAGGUUAUGAGGAGUCGGGGGGAGAGUGAGGUAUCUGGGGAGUGGGAUUCGGGAGGUGUCGGGGAAAGUUUUGGGCCAUUUUCGCCUAUGUCUUCUGGGAAUAUUAGGUAG